AUGGAGCGAUGGUUGCGGCCAGCAGGUAUUGGGUUGCUGCUGACUGUGCUUGCCGUGCAGCUGCAAGCACAAGACACGACGACGGCGGUGGCCGACAACGACGCAGAACUGGACAGUCUCGAUGAGGGUACACAACAUGCCGACCUAUUUGAAGAUACUGGCCCGUGGUACCAGCUACGCCGAGCCCUGCGCAUUGUGCAUGACAACAGCCCGUUCCUGGGCCACUUCUUUCCUGAGGCGUUGACGGGUGUCUUGGUCGCUCCGGCCGGCUCACUGCCGAGUACCGCCAUUGACUUGUGCAUCAAUUCGGCGCAGACGCUACAUACAGCUCAGUUGAAUCGCCAAUCUCCAGAAGUUCAAUAUUGCAAUGCGGCGUUGACCAGAGUGUCGAGCCAGUUGGUCAGGGACCAGGCAACCCACUUGGAUGCCUCUGUGCGCGGUGCUUGUAUGUUGCCCCUUGGCUACACACUUGAGGCGCCUGCCGCCGCAUCGCACGCGCCCGCCACCCCACAAACCCCUCGCAACGCCCCCAGCACCGAUAGCGAUGCCCGUUCCUCCGCCAAGCGUUCAGCCAAGAACCGAAGCUCCCUCAAAGCUGAUCGCGUCAAGGUCUGCAAGAUGAUCGACCCACAACGGAAUGGCAGCCGCGUGUGCAAAGUGUCCGAUGCGUUGAACGCGUGCGGCAUCACUGCCAGUCCCGCCGCUGUGAGCCACUGGCUUCGCGGCUGGCGCCAUGGUGACCUCGUCGAGGCCAACGGCUCCCUGCACCGCUCCAACCCGCUGCAGUUCCCAGAGCUCGACGAGCACAUGCGCAAGUACGUCGAGGACCACAUGAUUGCGGCCAGCUUGGGGUUUGGCCAGAACUGGCGGUCCCUCAAGGAGGAGGCAGCGGCAUUUGCCAAGGCUCGUUGCGAGCGUGGGGACGAGAAAUACGCCAACUUUCAAAACUCCCAUGGCUGGCUUGCACGCUUCUGCAAGCGGUACGGUGUCAAGGCUCGCCUGCUUCGGGGUGUGAGCGGCCCCGCGCUGCCGGACAACGAUGAAGUCCGCCCAGCCAUGGAGACCUAUCGCAGCAGCAUCGACGAACUCGCACAGCAGCACAACGUCGAUGCCGAGCGCAUCUACUGUAUGGACGAGUUUACGCUCUUUUACAACCAGCCCCCGCAGGGGCUAUACAGCCCACUGGAAUUCCAGGAGCCCAGCGGUUCCAAUCAUAUGAUCGACGAUGCCCGGUUGACCGGUCUCGCCUGCGUCAACGCCACCGGCAGCCAUGCCAUUCCGUGCGCUGCCGUGUCCAACCUCGAGAAACCGUACAGCUUCGUCUCGCUCCCCAAACUACCGGGGCUGCCUGUGCCCUACAUGCCGCAAAGCCGGGGCUGGGUGGACGAACACGUGCUGCUGUGGUGGUUCACCGACGUUUUCCAGCCGGCCAUCAAGGCCCGCCACGGUGAGCGGGACGUCAUUCUCAUCCUUGACAGUGCCCCUGUUCACGUCAAGACUGAGCUCCCGCUGCAAAAGCCUUCCUUCCCCAAUGUGCACCUCUCCUUCCUGCCCGCCUGCUCUGUCAGCAACUUCCAGCCCCUGACCCGGGGCAUCACGGCAGUCUUCAAGACGUUCUAUAAGGCCAUGCUACUGCAGCGCACCGUCACCUGCAUUCCCAACGGCGCGACCCUGCACCAAUUGCGCUUCACGGCCGAUCCCAGUGGUCACCCCCCUCCAGACAGCGGGCUCAUCCAUGGCGCCCGCGCCAGCAUGCUGGAGGCGCUCGAGCUGAUGAACGAAGCCUGGUCUCGGCUCAGCCCAGACACCAUCACUAUCAGCUGGCGACAGGCCGAUUGCCUCUCGCAGCGCCUGAUCGACACCAUUCCCAUCGCUACGGAUGCGUUUACUUAUCCAGCCAACAGCGUCGUGGCCCCGAACCAACUGGAAAGUGCUCGAGCCGAAUUGACGGAUGCCUUCGAUCGUGUUCUUGCCGUUGCGCGGGAAGCCAUGCAAGGCGUCGAGGCCUCAAACCAGGACCAGAAUAUCCUUACAACAGUCAUGGUCCGCGAGGUGCUGGGUGCGCUGGCCUUGCGCGUAGGCCCAGAUACCAGCAGCGUACAGAUCCGUGAAGCUUUGCAUUGUUAUGCAACCAUCGAAGAUGAUCCCCGACUGCUGCCCACCAUUGCGGUCUCCAUGAUGCAGAGCCAGCCCGUGCCCACCCCCGCGCCCCCAUAUCCUCUCAUGUCCAACGCGGUCGGAUCGCAACGCGACCUCUCUCCCGCCGAAAUUUUGGAGCGCGGUGCUGCCGACCUUUUGCGUAUCGACCCCAUUCGUGUCCUAGGCUGGCCCGAGGAUGCUGUGGACGAAUGGGAGGCGGCCAAGGCCUCUUUGCGAAAGCUGCAAGCCUUGGCUCAAGCCAAACUGGCACGUGGUGUCAACAUGGUUGACCCCGUUGGUCCAGCCCAGGUUGAGCCCUCGGCCGUCCCCGUUACAGCUGCCUCUGCCACGACGACGGCGCCCCCUGCGGCAGCCGAAUCCACUACAGCUGCCCCAACUCAGCAAGGGCCACCAGUAGUGCAAGCCCCGUAA